UUGAGCGAUCCGGCCGACCGACCACCGGGGAAGUGAAUCCGUGAAUCCGUGAGAUGCCGGGCCGGGCCACAUAAGCGAAAGUGGCUGUGUUCAAAUACUGAGCGCCAAAUUGCGAUUGCGUGUCGACCCGCAUAAAGCCCUACACCACCACCACCCGAUCCCGAUCAGCUGGCGCAAUCGAACAAAAUGCAACUUCCGGUCGCAGCGGUUGGAUUGGUUUCCAUUUUCUUCGCGGUGAACCCGCGCAUCGGGGCAGCGCAGAAAAAGGAGACCAACAAUGUGUUCAAUACAACCUCGUGCCUUGAGAAACCGUACCGCUGUCCGCACCCGAGGAUCAAGUUCUACCUAUACACGCGGCGAACACAGCAGAAUCCGGAGCUGAUCGACGUCCAGGAUCCGGAGUCGCUCUACUACACACACUGGAACCCGACGCACCCGGUGAAGAUCGUCAUCCACGGGUUCGGCGGUGGGCGCAAUCUGUCGCCGAGCCCGGACAUGCGCAAGGCGUACUUUACCCGUGGCAACUACAACAUCAUCAUCGUGGACUACGGAACGGCCGUGACCGAGCCGUGCCUGAGCCAGAUCGAGUGGGCCCCACGGUUUGGCAGUCUGUGCGUGUCGCAGCUGGUCCGCUACAUUGCGCAGCAUCCUCGCGGCGUUCCACCCGACGAUAUGCACCUGAUCGGAUACAGUGUCGGGGCGCACAUUGCAGGGCUGGUGGCCAACUAUCUGGGGCCGGCCGAAGGUAAGCUCGGUCGCAUCACCGGGCUCGAUCCGACCAUCUUCUUCUACGGCGGCUCGAACAACUCGCGCGAUCUGGAUCCUUCCGAUGCGCACUUUGUGGACAUAAUCCACACGGGCGCCGGCAUACUGGGCCAGUGGAACCCGGGCGGUCACGCCGACUUCUACGUCAACGGGGGCACCAGCCAGCCCGGGUGCGCUAGUUCGACCAUUUUUCAGACACUGGCCUGCGAUCAUACGAAGGGCACACCGUACUUCAUUGAGUCCAUCAACAGUGAGCGUGGCUUUUGGGCGGGACCAUGCCCAACGCUCAUCUCGUACCUUCUUGGGUGGUGUGAACCGAAGGACUCCGAUUACGUCCUGAUGGGGGAGCACGUCACGAAAGCGGCCCGUGGCGUGUACUACGUGACGACGAACUCCAAACCGCCGUACGCCCGUGGAUUUCCGGGCAAAAAUCGACGAACGGCCAAAACCUCCGAGUAUAGCGGCGUGCGACGGAAGUAACCCCGAAAGCCUCGCCUUCGUCAUCAAAAGCUAAGGGUUGUGAUAUCGACCCGCGUCGGGUCGCCGAAGUGGUCCAAGUAUUAUUCAUACCCUGUGUACCAUCUCGCCAUCGACAUCGAGCAUCACCGAGGGUGGCAGCAUCAGCAUUGCCAAUACGUUUUUAAUAUAUUAGGCAGCUACCCCGACGGGACACGGGGGCUAAUGGGGUUUGGAAAUGGUAGUUGAGCCAGCCAGAUGGUUAGUAUAUUAGCAGCGAAAGGUUACAUUAGCCACUAGCUGUAGCUUUAGUAGCGCGGUUAACGUAUCGAGCACAUCGAGCUUCUUUCGCAAAUCGCACCAAGCGCCAGGCCAAACGACAAUAGAUGCAAUAAUCACUAUUACUAGUUAAUUACAGGUGCCGGCCACCAGGGCCAAAGGAUUAGCGCAACAGCGUGCUGUUGCUUAUGGCGGCCGGUUAGCUUCGCUUUAUUAGGCUCAUCUCAUGAUACGCAGCUUGUAGAAACGGAGUCCCGGACCUGAACAUAGGUUAGUGUAGGCACAUUGCUAGGAUGGGUUCGGUGGGUUUCUCCUUAGAGGGAGGUUUAGGGCGUAAAAUAAAUGACUCUGCCACUGCAGUUCGGUUGGUUCAGUUC